UCAACAGGGAUAGCUAUGUUAACGCUCACUUCGGGGUCACAGUUCAUGGGUUAUGAAUGCUCAGUGAAAGCUGAUGGCAAUACGGCCCGCAAAUACAGUAUCAAGAUAACCAGUGGAACAAGACAGCAAUGGCCGAUUGUUUGGAGAGCGAGCUUUUUGUGGACGAGAAAAGACUUAAUGAAGUGUUGGAAAAAGCAAGAGCUUUUGCUCUAACAAAAGGAAUCUGUAUGCAGUCUGAACAGCGAGGACAAGAUGGAACAAUGCUGGCUCAGCAUUUCCCCUUUACCCUGUUUCCCAGCGUGGUGCCCCGGACAUGCUUCCAGGAGGCCGUGGACUGCAUGCUGGAUUUCAACACACUCAUCCAUAAAGUAGCCCAUGACCACAACUUCCUGGAAAAGGCCCUUAAGAAUGUUUUGAAGGUUGAUGAGUUUACAAAAGGGUUGUGGCAGAUCUACACUCAAGUGAGGGAGGAGGGAUACACUCAGCCCCUGUCAUUGGGAUUGUUCAGAAACGACUUCAUGAUCGAUGUACAGGACCCUGACCAUGUCCAGAUUAAGCAGGUUGAGAUCAACACAAUAGCAGCAGGUGCAGGCAGCCUUGGAUCAUUGCUAGUUCACCUGCACAGUGUUUUGGAGGUUGAUGAGUUUACACAAGGGUUGUGGAAGAUCUACACUCAAGUGAGGGAGGAGGGAUACACUCAGCCCCUGUCAUUGGGAUUGUUCAGAAACGACUUCAUGAUCGAUGUACAGGACCCUGACCAUGUCCAGAUUAAGCAGGUUGAGAUCAACACAAUAGCAGCAGGUGCAGGCAGCCUUGGAUCAUUGUUAGUUUACCUGCACAGGUUUACCCUUGACCUGAUAGGGAAGCAUUAUGAUAACAGGGAGGUCCAGGAUAACAACUCUUCUCUGGGAGCAGCUUUGGGUCUACUGAAGGCGUGGGAGUUGUAUGGACGGAAACAAGCUGCCAUCCUCUUUGUUGUGCGUGAGACAGAGUCAAACAUAUUUGAUCAACGACUCCUGGAGUUCAAGGUCCUCUCUAUCAACUCUAGGGUUCGGGUUAUACGUGGUACUUACAUGGACAUCUACAACGGCGCCUCCUUGACAGAAGAUAAGAGACUGUUGGUUGACGGAGAUGAAGUGGCCGUUGUGUAUCUGCGUGCUGGCUACGCACCAGAUGAUGUUCCUACACAUAAGGAAUGGGAUGCAAGGCUAAAACUUGAACGUUCAUUAGCUAUCAAAUGCCCCUCCAUCCAAUACCAUCUAGCUGGGUUAAAGAAAAUCCAACAAGAGUUGUCCUUACCUGGAUCAGUGGAACAAUUCAUGAAAGACCCAGCUGCAGUGAAGAGAAUCCGAGCUACAUUUGUGAAGCAGUAUAGUUUAGAUGUGGGUCCAGAAGGUGACAAGGGCGUGGAGUUGGGGAAGACUGAUCCAGACAUGUACGUCCUCAAGCCACAGAGAGAAGGGGGAGGAAACAACCUGUACGGAGACGACAUCAGAGAAUUCCUGGAGACACACCAGAAUUCCACAGAGAGGAAUGCUUACAUCCUGAUGGAGAGGAUAUUCCCCAAAACACAAAAGAACUAUCUCGUCACACCUGGGAGACCUUUUGUCUUGUCUGAUGUGACCAGUGAACUGGGGAUAUUUGGAGUGUUCCUCGGAUCCGCCACUGAAGAGAAGAUCAACAUGCAGUGUGGCCACAUGUUAAGGACGAAGCUUCUUGGAACAGACGAUAGUGGACUCCGUACUGGGCAUGCGUGUCUUGACACACCGUUCCUCGUGAACGAAGAACUGUAAAAGAAAGUGCCGGUCUAAUACCUGUGUAGUGACUUGAAUAAAUUUAUAAACUUA